CUCGCUCUUGCUUCUACUCCUUCUCCUUUUCCUUCUCCUGCUCCUGCUCCUGCUCCUGCUCCUGCUCCUUCUCCUUCUCCUUCUCCUGCUCCUGCUCCUGCUCCUUCUCCUGCUCAUGCUCCUUCUCUUUCUCCUUCUCCUUGUCCUGCUCCUCCUCCUGCUCAUGCGACUUCUCCUUCUCCUUCUCCUUCCCCUUCUCCUUCUCCUUCUCCUUCUCCUUCUCCUUCUCCUUCUCCUUCUCCUCUUGCGCCCCCUCCUCCUCCUCCUCCUUCUACUCCUCCUUCUCCUUCUCCUUCUCCUUCUCCUCCUUCGCCUCCUCCUCCUUCUACUUCUUCUUCUACUCCUCCUCCUCCAUCUCCUUCUUCUCUUUCUCCUUCUCCUCCUCCUUCUCCUUCUCCUCCUCCUUCUUCUCUUCAUCCUCCUCCUCCUCCUUCUCCUGCCCCUGCUCCUGCUCCUGCUCCUCCUUCUUCUCCUUCUCCUUCUCCUUCUCCUUCUCCUGCUCCUGCUCCUGUUCCUUCUCCUGCUCCUCCUUCUGCUUCUGCUUCUGCUCCUGCUCCUACUUCUAUUCCAGCUCCCGCUCCUCCUUCUGCUUCUGCUUCUGCUCCUGCUCCUACUUCUGUUCCAGCUCCCGCUCCUGCUCUUCCUCCUUUUCCUGCUCCUUCUCCUUCCCCUUCUCCUUCUCCUGCUCCCGCUCCUGCUCCUUCUCCUUCUCCUUCUCCUUCUCCUGCUUUCGCUUCUGCUUCUGAUCCUGCUUCUGCUCCUGCUCCUUCUCCUUUUUCUUCUCCUGCUCCUGCUCCUUCUCCUUCUCCUUCUCCCGCUCCUGCUCCUUCUCCUUCUCCUGCUCCUUGUCCUUGUCCUUCUCCUUCUCCUGCUCCUGCUCCUGUUCCUUACCUUGCUCCUCCUCCUGCUCCUGCUUCUGCUCCUGCUCCUGCUCCUUCUCCUGUUCCGGCUCCUGCUCCUGCUCCUACUCUUGCUCCUGCUCCUUCUCCUUCUCCUGCUCCUACUCCUUCUCCUUCUCCUUCUCCUGCUCCUUCUCCUUCUCCUGCCCCGCCUGCUCCUGCUCCUGCUCCUUUUUCUUCUCCUGCUCCUGCUCCUACUCCUACUCCUUCUCCUUCUUCUUCUUCGGCUCCUGCUCCUUCUCCUUCCCCUUCUCCUGUUCCUUCUCCUUCUCCUUCUCCUUCUCCUGCUCCUCCUCCUACUCCCGCUCUUGCUCCUGCUCCUGCUCGUGCUCCUGCUCCUGCUCCUGCUCCUGCUCUUGCUCCUGGUUCAAUUCCUGCUCUUGCGCCUACUCCAGCUCCGUCUCUUUCUCCUUGUCCUUCUCCUGCUCCUCCUUCUGCUCCUACUCUUCCUGCUCGUGCUCCUGCUCCUUCUCCUUCUCCUUCUCCUGCUCCUGCUCCUGCACUUGCACCUGCUCCUGCUCCUGCUCCUGCUCUACUCCUGCUCCUGCUCUUGCUCUUGCUCCUGCUCUUUUUUACUUCUUCUGCUCCUGCUCCUACUCCUGCUCCUACUCGUACUUCUGUUCCUUCUCCUUGUCCUUGUCCUUGUCCUUCUCCUUCUCCCGCUCCUGCUACUUCUCCUGCUGCACCUCCUCCUCCUCCUACUUCUGCUACUUUUCCUUCUCCCGCUCCUGCUCUUUCUCCUACUCCUGUUCCUGCUCUGUCUCCUACUCCUGUUCCUGCUCUGUCUUCUACUCUGUCUCCUACCCCGUCUCCUUCUCCAACUCUUUCCUGCUCGUGCUCCUGCUCCUUCUCCUUCUCCUUCUCCUGCUCCUGCUCCUGCACUUGCACCUGCUCCUGCUCCUGCUAUGAUCCUGCUCCUGCUCUUGCUCUUGCACCUGCUCUUGUUCCUACUCCUUCUCCUUCUCCUUCUCCUUGUCCUUCUCCUUCUCCUUUUCCCGCUCCUGCUCCUUCACUUGCUCCUCCUCCUACUCCUCCUCCUCCUCCUCCUCCUGAUCCUGCUACUUUUACUUCUCCUGCUUCUUCUCCUACUCCUACUCCUGCUCCUUCUCCUGCUUCUGCUCGUGCUCCUGCUCGUGCUCGUGCUCCUGCUCCUGCUUCUGCUCCGUCUCCUUCUCUCGCUCCGUCUCAAGCUCCUGCUCCUGCUCCUAUUCCUUCUCCUUCUCCAUGUCCUUCUCCUUUUACUUCUCCCGCUCCUGCUCCCUCAGUUGCUCCUCCUCCUACUCCUCUUCCUACUCCUCCUCCUCCUGCUCCUUUUACUUCUCCUGCUCCUCCUCCUCCUCCUGCUCCUGCUUCUACUCUUGCUCCUUCUCCUUCUCCCUCCUGCCCCUACUCCUGCUCCUGCUUCGUCUCUUGUUCCUUCUCCUUCUCCAGCUCUGCUCCUCCUUCUCCUGCUCCUGCUCCAUCUCCUUCUCCUGCUCCUCCUCCUACUCCUGCUCCAGCUCCUGCUCCUGCCCCUUCUCCUUUUCCUUCUCCUUCUCUUGUUCCUUCUGCUUGUCCUUCUCUUGCUCGUGCUCCUGCUCGUGCUCCUGUUCGUGCUCCUGCUCCUGCUCCUGCUCUUGCUCGUGCUCGUGCUCGUGUUCCUGGUCCAGCUCGUGCUCCUCCUCCUGCUCCUGCUCGUGCUCAUGCUCGUGCUCCUGCUCCUGCUCGUGGUCCAGUUCCUGCUCCUGCUCAUGCUCUUGUUUCUGCUCGUGGUCCAGUUCCUACUGCUGCUCCUACUCCUUUUGCUUCUCUUUCUCCUGCUCCUACUCCUUCUCCUUCUUCUGCUCCUACUCUUACUCCUGCUCCGUCACCUGCUACUUCUCCUUCUCCAGCUCAGUGUCCUCCUUCUCCUACUCCUACUGCUGCUCCUUCGUCUUCUCAAGCUCCUGCUGUUGCACCUGCUCCUGCUCCUGCUCCGUCUCCUUCUCCCCCUCCGUCUUCUGCUUCUCCUGCUCCUUCUUCUGCUCCUGCUUCUACUCCUGCUCCUCUCCUUCCUGGUCCUGGUCCUGCUCCUACUCCUACUCCUUCUCCUUCUCCUUCUCCUGCUCCUGCUUCUGCUACAUGUCCUUCUCUUGCUUCUGCUCCUGCUCCUACUCCUACUUCUGCUCCUUCUCUUUUUCCUGCUCGUGCUCGUGCUCCUGCUCCUGGUCUUGGUCCUGCUCCUACUCCUUCUCCUUCUCCUUCUCCUUCUCCUUCUCCUUCUUCUGCUCCUUCACUUGCUCCUCCUCCUACUCCUCCUCCUCCUCCUGCUCUUGCUCCUGUUCCUGCUCCUUUUACUUCUCCUGCUCCUGCUCCUGCUUCUUCUCCUACUCCUUCUCCUUGUCCCUUCUUUAUCCUUCUCCUUCUCCUUCUUCCGCUCCUGCUACUUCUCCUGCCUCCUCCUGCUCCUCUUCCUCCUCCUGCUCUUGCUCCUUUUCCUUCUCCUUCUCCCGCUCCUGCUCCUACUCCUGCUCCGUCUCCUUCUCCAACUCUGUCUUCUCCUUCUCCUACUCCUGCUCCUUCUUCUUCUCCUGCUCCUUCUCCUUCUGCUCCUGCUCCUGCUCUUGCUCCUUUUCCUGCUCGUUCUCCUUCCCCUUCUCCUUCUCCUGCUCCCGUUCCUGCUCCUUCUCCUUCUCCUUCUCCUGCUUUUGCUUCUGCUCCUGCUUCUGCUCUUGCUCCUUCUCCUUUUUCUUCUUCUGCUCCUUCUCCUUCUCCUUCUCCCACUCGUGCUCCUGCUCCUUGUCCUUGUCCUUCUCCUUCUCCUGCUCCUGCUCCUGCUCUAGUUCCUUCUCUUGCUCCUCCUCCUGCUCCUUUGUCUGCUCCUUCUCCUGCUCCUGCUCCUGCUCCUUCUCCUUCUCCUACUCUUGCUCCUACUCUUGCUCCUGCUCCUGCUCUUGCUCCUCCUCCUACUCCUCCUCCUCCUCCUCCUGAUCCUGCUCCUUUUACUUCUCCUGCUCCUGUUCCUGGUUCUGCUCCUACUCCUACUCCUGCUCUUUGUCCUUGUCCUUGUCCUUGUCCUUCUCCUACUCCUGCUCGUGCUCCUGCUCGUGCUCGUGCUCGUGCUCUUGCUCGUGCUCGUGCUCGUGCUCGUGCUCCUGGUCCAGCUCGUGCUCCUCCUCCUGCUCCUGCUCGUGCUCAUGCUCGUGCUCCUACUCCUGCUCGUGGUCCAGUUCCUGCUCCUGCUCAUGCUCUUGCUCCUACUCCUGCUCCUGCUCAUGCUCCUUCUCCUACUCCUGCUCUUGCUCCUGCUCCUUCUCCUUCUUUCUCUCCUUCUCCCGCUCCUGAUCCUCCUCCUGCUCCUGCUCCUGCUUCUUUUCCUUCUGCUUCUUCCGCUCCUUUUCCUGCUGCUGCUCCUACUCCUUUUGCUUCUCCUUCUCCUGCUCCUACUCCUUCUCCUUCUUCUGCUCGUGCUCUUACUCCUGCUCCGUCACCUGCUACUUCUCCUUCUCCAGCUCUGUGUCCUCCUUCUCCUACUCCUACUGCUGCUCCUUCUACUUCUCAUGCUCCUGCUGCUGCACCUGCUCCUGCUGCUCCACCUGCUCCUGCUCCGUCUCCUUCUCCCGCUCCGUCUUCUGCUUCUCCUGCUCCUGCUUCUACUCCUGCUCUUGCUCCUACUCCUUCUCCUUCUCCUUCUCCUUUUCCUUCUUCUGCUCCUGCACCUACACCUGCACCUGCUCCUGCUCCUGCUCCUUCUCCUUCUCCUUCUUCCGCUCCGUCUCCUCCUUCUCCUCCUUCUCCUGCUCCUUCUGCUUUUCCUUCUCCUGCCCCUGGUUCUUCUCGUGCUCCUGCUCGUGCUCGUGCUCCUGCUGCUGGUCCAGUUCCUGCUCGUGCUCGUGCUCGUGCUCAUGCUCCUUCUCCUUCUCCUGCUCCUGCUCCUGCACCUGCACCUGCUCCAAUUCCUGCUCUACUCCUACUCUCUCCUUUUCUUGCUCCUGCUCCCGCCCCUUCUCCUUUUCCUUCUCCUUCUCUUUCUUUUUCUCCUGCUCCUUUUCCUGCUCCUGCUUUUCCUUCUCCUGCUCCUACUCCUGCUCCUGGUCCUGUUUGUGCUUCUGCUUCUGCUCCUGCUCCUGCUCCUGGUCUUGCUCGUGCUCGUGCUCCUCCUCCUGCUCCUACUCCUACUCCUGCUCCUGCUCAUGCUCAUGCUCAUGCUCCUGCACCUACUCUUGCUCCUGCUCCGUCUCCUGCUCCUUCUCCAUCUCUAGCUUUCAAAGAAAUGAUUUUAUACACCAAAGCACACAAUUUACGUGAACCACCAAGUGGAAAUGCCAAAGAAUGCUUCAAAGACCAAUGUGCAAAUGGAAGAUACCAUGGGUACUCCUACCAAUGUGCCAAGUAA